CUCCACGUGCUGCUCAUCCGUUUUCUAUCUCCACAUUCAGUUUUGUCUGCUGAUGUCGGAACAAGUGUUGAGGAUGCUGUGCGGGCAAGUAUCAAAAUCGAAGGUUGCAAUCGUGUCGUGGCCAUCUCGAUAAAGCUUGCAACAUCUGGCAUCUCUCCACUUCGACGUCAUUAGCUGAAUGGGGGCAAGCCACUCCUUGCAGCAGGUAAACCGGAGUUUUAUGUUGUGCCUCAUAAUAGCCUUCGAAUUUUCUUCCCAGCCUCCGGCUAUGAGUGGCACGAACAUCGAUUGGCGCUGGCAGCUAUGCAACACUCAUCGCAUCGCCCGCCCCGUCAGCGCAGUCAGCGUUUUGUUCCGCAACAUUGCCUGCCGUAUUAUCGCAAGAUGGACGAUGUUCCCGUCCGUGAUGUUUCGAAAAGUUGCGAUUCCUACGUGCAUGGCACCGGCAAUUCAACAGUCACUUAGUGUGCACACUCAUCACGUGACUAGCGCUAACUCUUCCGAAGAGUGGCAUCCGGAGCUUCGAUCGAUCAUACAUGUAAACGAACGAUAGACUCGGGUUCCAGACGAGCACUGCCAUACCUAUGCGCUCAAUCUACACAUCCUGCUUCGUACUCUUCCAAAUGCGCCUCAUUAAGGCUUCUGCAAUUAUACGACGCCGACGUGUCUGCAC